UGACUGUGGAAUCCAAUGUUGAGAACACAAUCAAUGAGUGAUUCGUUGUUUUGGCGCUAAAACAGUGUUUUGUUUGUUACGUAACUUUGAGGACAAACUUUGUUUACAAACACUUGGGAUCAGAUGUGAGAGAUAAACAUGAGAUCAAUAAGGUUUGUCAUUCCCAUCAAAUUGGAUGAUUUGAUCCAAUCAACUGGACAUCCGGAUAUCUAUUCAGUUCAAUAUAAAUACGACUUACGAGAUAUUGGCCACAAAUUAAACGAAUUGUCUGAAUAUUUCAAAUCAAAUGGCAUUCACUUUCUUCUUGAGGAUAAUUUACAUAAUUUUGAUGUCUUUUACUAUUGUCUUAAACAUUUUACAUCAUUGGACACAAAACAUAAGGAACUGUUGUGGAAACUGAUGAGCAAAUGUCUUAACACAUUAUACAAUGAUUUCGAGACAUUUUUGAACCGAUUUGAUCCAAAUGAAAGGGAAAAUUAUUGUAAUCUCUUGAAGAUGAUUGUCUAUGUCUUCUGUACACUAACCGAGUUGUUUGAGGAACAGGACAUUAAACAAUCGACAAAUAUUGACUACGAAAAUAUCGGCAAAAAGACAAACAAAAAGAAUAAACGAACCGAAGAGUCAUACGGUUGGCAGCAAAACAAAGACAAAGGAUUGAGUGUUUUGUUGAGAUUACUAUCACUGCCAUUGCAUCGGGUUUUCAAUCCACCCGUAGUUGAGGACGAGUUCAUUAAUGUUGUAACCAAAUGUUGUUACAAAAUAUUAGAAAAUCCAGUCGUUAUGCGACAGAAAGAUUCAAAUAUAACAAACAGUGUUUUUCAUAUAAUCGGAAGCGCUAUUGAAAAGUAUCGGCAGAGUUUGAGUUUUUGUUUAAAGUUAAUCCAAUUACUUCAGCUUAAAGAACAAUUGGUUCCUAUAUUAGCUAAUUUAGUGGAUGUUAUUGUUAAGAAACACAACCAAAAGUUGAUUAUAAGUGAAAUAAUACGUGAAAUUAAAAGACUUGAUAUUAAAGACCUUUCGCGUGACUCAAGUGGUCCCCGAUCUAUAUCUUCCUUUUUGAUAGAAGUGUCUGAAAAAUGUUCACAAGAAAUGCUGUCAUCAAUAAGUGAUUUGUUGGAGUUUCUUGAAGAAGAAUCGUAUUUAAUGAGAAACGCAACGCUCAGUAUUAUUGGAAAUCUAGUUAUCAAAGAAUUGAGUAAAGAUGGUACCAAAGAGCGAAAUCUUAGGGAUCGAUUGCUUGACAAACUUGAAGAUCAUAUUCAUGACAAUACAAGUUAUACUAGAAGUCGAGCUCUUCAGGUUUGGUGUACUUUAUGUCAGGCAGAAGUUAUACCACUUCCACGACUUGAGACUCUCAUUGAAGCAGUUGUCGGUAGACUUCGUGAUAAAUCAUGUUUUGUCCGCAAAUAUGCCGUUCAGUUUCUAAAUCAGUUUUUAACUAAAAACCCAUUCGCCGCUAAACUUCCGCUUGAGAUGCUCAAGACUUACCAUCAAAAAGAAGAAGAAAAAUUAAAAGAAAUGAUAAAACACAAUGAAGAGCAGCAACACAUGGAUAUAGAAAUAGAUAAGAAUUCGCAACAUAUUUGGAGUGAUAUUGAAAUCGAUUUCUUAGAAUUUUGGACACGACUUGAAUCUUCAUCUGACAUAACACCUGAUGAUGAAAAUGAUAACAACUGUAAUAACAUUGAAUUGUUUGAUAACGAAGAUUUAGAUGGAUUGCUCAAAGUAUUCCGCGAUUUAGUUGUCACAAAAAAAUUUAAAAGUGCUCUUUCUUUACUUAACAAAAUGAAAGAACAGUUUGCAGACAAUCAAAUCUUUGAUGUCGUUGACAGUGAUAGCGAAAAUAUGGAGGUUAGUGAUGAAGAAACUGAUGAUGAAGUAGAAGAAAGUGAUGAGGAUAUGGAUAAACAAAACAGAGAAACAAAAAAGAAAAAAUCUAAGAACUGUUCAAAACUUCCUGAAAUGAUAGCAUUAUCCAAAAAAGUAUUUAUCGAGAAUUCGACUGACGAUAAAUUAAUAUUAGAUUUGGGUUCAAAAGCUGUUGAAAAAGAUAUUGAGAAGAUUGCGACUGUUUUAAUACAAUCGAGUCAAGAGCCAACUGAUCAACAGUCAAGACCGAGAACUACUACUAUUGAAGUGGCCAGACCUUCAAUCGGCGGCAACGAUGCUAUUAAUAAUGUUAAUCGACAACAAGUUUUGGUUAAAUAUUUGAAUGAUUGCAUCAAAUUUACUGAACAAAUACAGAUUGCUAUACCACUUGUGUCUGAUUUAUUGAUGUCCAAAAACAUAACUGAUGUUCAGGAGGCCAUUGAGUUUUUUGUGUCCGCUUAUAAAUUUGGUGUUAAAGAAGCCAUAACUGGUGUUAGAAAACUCAUUCUUUUAAUUUGGUCUCAAGAGAAGACAAUCAAAGACGCAGCGGUUUUAGCGUAUAAAAGCAUUUAUUUGGACUUUGAUUCUGAUGUAAGACUUGCAGAGGCUUCAGAAAAGGCUAAAGCAUUUUCUGUUGUAAAAAGUUUGUCUGAAUUAGUAAUGGGCGCCACUUUAGGGGAACUCAUAUCUAUUGAACAACUAUUAAAGGAAUUGAUGGACACUAAUGACAUCCAACAAAUCCAUAUUCAAGUUUUGUGGGAACGCUUUUCAAUGAAACUGUCUAACACUACACCUGAAGAUAGUAAGGUUGCCAUUCAAUUGAUAGGAAUGUUGGCCACAUCUAAUCCAGAACUGGUCAGAUCAGACAAGAAUCUGAAUGCUAUUAUAUUAGAGGGUUUGGGAGAAAGGGGUCGAAAUGAUUCGCGUUUGGUUAGUGAGACGUGUAUUGCUUUGGGUAAAGCAUAUCGUAUACCAAAAACUGAAACUUCUGAACACUUUUUCCGUUUACCUAAAUCUCAUGAUCUGUUCACUAAUUUGAGACAAAUAUUGGUUAACGGUUUGGAUAAUUUGAAUGAUAAUUAUUAUAAUAUGAUGGCAGACAAUGUCAUAAAAGUAUUGUUUCAAUUGGCUGAAAAUCCUGACUAUCUUAGCGAACAAUUAAUUAAAGAAAUGCUUCAAAAGUUAAUAUCUUUGAUACAAAAUGAAGAGAUUGCUAAUGAAAAUAAAGAAAAUACUGAUUCUAUUGAAACUGACAGACAAUCGAUACUUUCAUCGCAACAAACAGUAAAUUGUGAACAACUUGUUUCACAAACCAUUCAAUAUAUUCGUCACAUUAACACUGAAAUAUUGUCACGUUUUAUAUCAAUCAUUGGAACCAUUGCACUCAAUGUCUUAAUUCAUAUAGACUUAAAUGUCUUAACAGAACUUAAAAUAAGAAAUCAUAUUAAAGAAGAAAAAGAUAAGAAAACAAACAAAACUCCCAGAAGAAAGUCUAGAACACCGGGUAAAACACCGGGAACUGUAGGUCCCGAUAAUAAUUUAGAAGAGGAAAUUGGUUUGGCCGGCGCUAAUGCUAUGGAAGAUCAGGAACAGGAAUACCUGAAUAAAAUUUGUAACGAAGAAAUUGUCAUCGGGAACAACCUAUUAGGCCGACUGACCGAACUUGUUGUUACCAUAGCUCAGGAACCUUUGACUUUUCCUGACGUUAAGUUGAGAACCGCUGCGUGUCUAACAUUAGCUAAGUUUAUGACUCUUAGUGAAAGUUUUUGUCGAUUGCAGUUAAGACUAUUGUUUACAAUUAUGGAGAAAUCAGAUGCUAUUAUUCGCGCCAAUACUAUUAUAGCUGCCGGUGACCUAUGUGUCCGAUAUCCUAAUUUGUUAGACCAAUGGUCUAAAUUCAUGUUUGAAAGAUUACGAGACAAUGAUGUUACCGUCAAAUUGAAUACAUUAAAAGUAUUGUCACGACUUAUCCUAUCAGAUAUGCUUAAAGUUAAGGGACAGAUCAGUGAAAUGGCUAGACUUAUGGUCGAUGAAAAUGAGAUUCUUUCAUCACAUUCGAGAUUGUUUUUUACCGAAUUAGGCAAAAAACAAAAUGCAAUUUACAAUGUCUUACCCGAUAUUAUAAGUCAUUUGUCGGACACUGAGAACGGUUUGCGCGAUGAAGAAGAGUUUCAAACAGUUAUGAAAUUUAUAUUUGAUUUGAUUGAAAAAGACAGACAAACGAUAUGUUUAGUGGAAAAGUUGUGCCAACGUUUCCGGUCGACAACUGAUGAGCGUCAGUGGAGAGAUUUGGCGUAUUGUCUCAGUUUACUCAACUAUACUGAACGUUCAUUUCAGAAAUUACACGAAAAUCUUAUUUGUUUCGCCGAUAAAUUAUUUUGUGAUUUUGUGUACGAUUGCAUACAAACAGUUGUAAAUAGCACUCGAAAGAUACCAAACAUUAAAAAUGAAACAAAACAACUGAUCGAUGAAUUUUUAAAUAAAGUAGAAGAAUGUCGUACUAAAGGAACCAAUGAAGACGAUUCUGAGUUCCAGAAAGUGGUCGGAACUCCACCAUCAGCUGUCAAACGGCUUUCUUUACAUAAGACACGGCCUCACAUCUCUUCAAAUAAAAAACAAAUAAAACAAAAUAAGAAUAAACGAAAAACAGUGUCUAAAGGUUCUGAAGAGGAAGACACUGAAGAAGAGAUUAUAAUUAAUAAAAACCAAAGGACAGUAUCUGAUCUCAAAAUAGACAGACCUAAGCGCGCCGUUAGGAAAAUGCCAGUUAUUCACGAUUCAGAUGAAGAAAGUUCUUAAUAUUGAUUACUAUAUUUUAAAAUAAUUGACACUUAAAUCUUUUUUUUAAUUAAAACUAUUCAUACGUUUAUUUUUACCCAUAUUUUAAACACUUAUUUCCCAUUAUAUUCAUGAUGUAAACAUUCUUAAAUUAAUUUAAAAUUAAAACAUUACGACACAACUCUAUUAUUAAAUGUAUAAUUAAUUUCAAUUUAAGAAAAAUUCUAAUAUUACUCAUUACAUCAAAAUACCAAUAUU